GCAGCGCUCAGCUCAUUAAAAACUCUGGAGAUUCUCUUGGCUGGAAAUGUUUAAACCCAACUGACCAUGGACAGAUUACUUCUAAUACUCUGAAGUGAAACUUGGGGAGGAUCUGAUGUGUUUAAAGGAGAUACAUUAUCACUCCAGAGCAAAUAAAACAAAGCAGAGGAGCUUACAAUGGAGCUGCUGAUCCGCAACAGCGCUUUCUGCUUACUUGUGCUGUGGGUGAGUGUGAGUGUGUGUGAUUGUGAGGUUCUCAUGUAUGGGCACGUUCAAUCUCCACUGUAUCCUAAACCCUAUCCAGCUGAUCUCAAUAAACAGUGGAACCUGGAAGUUCCUCACGGUUACAGAAUCAAGCUCACCUUCACCUACCUGGACAUUGAGCAUUCUGCUAACUGCUACUAUGACUCUCUAAAGGUUUUGGAUGGCAGGAAAGUUUUGGGGAAGUUCUGUGGCCAAAGAUCAACAGAUGCACACCACCCUGGCCGCAAGUCCUUCUUGUCUUCUGGCAAUCGUCUCCAGCUGGUGUUUGUGACUGACGGCUCAAACCCAGAUCUUCAGCCACACCUCGGCUUUUCUGCUUUUUACCAGGCUAUUGAUGUGGACGAGUGUAGCUCUCCUGUAUCUUCUGAGGACUCUGGACCCCUCUGCUCUCAAAUCUGCCUCAACACUCUGGGGUCCUACCAGUGUGCUUGUCAUCAUGGGUAUCAGCUGCGGGAUGAUGGGCGUACCUGUGACUUACAAUGUGGAGGGGGCAUUUUUAAGGAGCCUGAAGGAACCCUGUCAAGCCCUGGAUUUCCAAGCUCUUCCCCACUCAGACUGAACUGCACCUAUAAAAUCACUGCGAAGCCAGGCUUUGAAGUCACUCUCAACUUUAGUGACAGUUUUCACAUUGAGCAGGUCUUCAACCAGGGACACUGCCUCCACUGGCUGCUGGUAACCAUCCCAGAUAAACCCGCCCAGAAAUACUGUGGUGACAAAAGCCCUGGUGUCCUCCACACUGGUUCCAAUAUGGUGCAGCUGGAAUACUACACAGAUGAUGAAGGAGAGAGCCAAGGCUGGAGCCUAACCUACACCACCCAGAGAGUGAAAUGUGAACUGAAAAAAACAAUCAUCAAUGGAAAGGUGACCCCAGACUUCCCCCAGUACUUCUACAGAGACUACAUCCAUGUGACCUGUGACAAGGGCUACAAACUCAUGAUGUUGGGGAAGGAGAUUAGGAGUUUUAGGUCCAUGUGCCAACAUAACGGGAAAUGGCACUUGCCUUUACCAGAGUGCAAGAUCAUUGACUGUGGAGAUCCCAGACCUCUGCUGAACGGCGGUGUCCGAUUUCUCUCUGGCUCUAAUAACGAGUACCGCUCCCUCAUCCAGUACCACUGCAAUGAACCAUACUAUGCUUUCAAAGACGUUCAUCAUGAAAAUUUUAGCUGUGCUGCAGACCGCAAGUGGAGAACCAGUGAUGAAAAUGCUGUGAUCCCUCCAUGUUAUCCAGUGUGUGGUCGCCCUACUGUAAGUCUCUCUGGGCGUGAGCGGGUGAUGGGAGGAAAGGCAGCUCCAGCAGGUGCUUUCCCCUGGCAGGUCUUCCUUCGCACAAAAGGAAGAGGUGGAGCAAUCGUCAUUGGGGACAGAUGGCUCAUGACUGCAGCCCACAAUCUGGAAAAAGAGAACUUAACUAAAGAAAAUGUGAAGGUGUAUGUUGGAGACAUCCUUGUCAGUGAACUCGUGAAGCACCAAUCGCUUCCUGUUGCAUCGUUACACGUCCACCCAGGAUACAAAAACAACGCCAUGAGAACAAAUUUUGAUAAUGACAUUGCGUUGAUCAAGCUAAGCUCUCCAAUCACCUUUAACUCAAAUGUAAUGCCAGUCUGUCUGCCUCCACAAGAUACUAAACUGGAAAACAAUGGCUGGGUUUCAGGAUUUGGACUGACUGAAACACAUGCGGCAUCCAAUAUGCUCAGGUACAUCAAACUUCCUGUUGUGGACCAAGACACAUGCCGCACAUUUGUGGAGAAAGAGAGAGCGAUCCGCUCAGAUGUGGCUCCACUGACAGAUAACAUGUUCUGUGCCGGAUUCCCUGAGGGCGGAGAGGACACCUGUUCUGGGGACAGUGGCUCAGCAUUCGUUGCGAAAAACAACGAAGAGUACUGGGUGGCAGGCAUCGUUAGCUGGGGAGUUGAAUGUGCUAAGGCAGGGAAAUACGGCAUAUACACCCAUGUUUCAAAGUACACAAACUGGAUACAGAAAACCAUGGAAGAGAACCAGUAAGGCUAACUUAAAGAGUGCCAGAAUUAGCAAAUGAUUCAACAUCAAUGUAACGUGCAUAUUGUGUCUUUAGCAAAAACAAAUAUUUUGUAACAAUACAUUUUGCCAGUAUUUACUCUAAAUGAACACAUUGUUAUGAAUGUAGAGAAGUGUUAACCUUCAUUUAAAAGCGUACAUUUUAUUCAAUUUGUAAUUUUUAAUGGUGGGGAGGGUAAUUGGUUAAUGGUUAAGUUAAAUCAUUAUUGUUAAAUUGUUAAAUAAUAACAUUUUUGAGUUAUGUAAAAAAUGCUUGGAUUUAAAUUACAGGAUAUAAAAAAUAAAAUAGAUAAUUAAGCUUGGAAUAUAAGUCUUGAAUCAUGUGAUUUGUAGUUUUAAAAAAAAUUGACAGUUAAGAUAAAAGACCUGAUGCUGACUCAAAUGCAUGCAUGUAUAUUGAAGAUAAUGUUUUUUUUUUGUUUGUUUUCAAAAUCAUUGUGCAGCUUUGCCACAACUGAACUAAGAUCUAAUUACCAUAUAGUCACCAAUUAUCAUGACAAUCAGCUAUGUCUAUUAACAUCAAAAAAAUAAAAGCCCAUCUUCCUUAA